AUGGAUCCUCGUCACCCUGAACCCAUUACUCAAACCUCUAUUGCUGCAACUCAGGCUGCUUUGCCAAAAUCGCCAGUAAUUCCCACUGUCAUCGGUCAUGGCUUUGAUGACAUUCUUCUCACUGGUGUUGCCCCUGUUCGAACUCUCGUCAAUGGAGCUUUCAAUCUAGAAUUCACCACUUGGAAACGAAAAGAUCAACUCUUAUUGAAUUGGCUCCGAUCUUCAAUGACCGAGACAAUUCUUGGAUCUCUGGCUCAAUACAACUCCUCCUUCGAUGCUUGGCGUGCCCUAGAACAAAGAUUUGCCAGUCAAUCCAAGGCUAGAUUGCUUCAAAUUAAAUCUCAGAUCUCGACAAUUAAGAAAUGUAAUCUUUCAAUCACUGAUUACUGUGACAAAGUGAAACUUCUUGUUGAUUCUUUGUCCACGGUUGGUCAUUCUCUUGAUGACAAUGAUCUCAUAAUGCACAUGCUUAAUGGAUUAGGACCUGAGUAG